AUGGCUACGACUUAUUCGGUACAUCCUGAUCGGGCGAGACUUAUUGUGUGCUGCGAUGGCACAGGAAAUUCGGAAUAUUUACCGGAACCCGGGAAUCCUCGAACCAAUGUAUCGCGCAUCUCGAGAUCGAUUACGCCCAGACUAGCUACUGGUCAUGGCCGACAGGUAGUGUUGUAUAUGUCUGGAAUCGGCACCGCUCCCGGCGGUCUGUUGAGCACACCACAAAAUCUGUUGAAGGGGACGUUUGGAAUGGGAUUCGAUGACAAAGUCAAAGAAGGCUACUCAUUCCUCUGCCAUAAUUAUAAUGAGCAGACCGGGGACGAGAUCAUUCUUAUCGGUUUCUCGAGGGGGGCCUUUGCUGUAAGAUGCAUUGCAGAAUUAAUUGCCAGCAUCGGACUUCUUCAAAAGACUGAUCUCCCCGAACUUUCUCGCGUUUACCCCCUCUGGAAAAAGGGGGAAGAUUUCCGUAUACAGGCGCGGUCUAGACACGCUCGUGUUAAGGUCUGCGCACUUUGGGAUACAGUCGCGUCAUUGGGCUUUCCUCGUUUCUCACGUUCCCCUUUUUCUUCUCCAGAAUCUGGCCCUCUUGCCCCCGACUCACGACCUUGCCACAUUGUUGACACUUUCUUUCAAGCUCUAUCCCUACAUGAACACCGUUGUCCUUUCCAAUCGAUCGUGUGGGAACCGCAGUCGUAUGGAAGUUGCCAGUUAGAGCAAUGCUGGUUCAUGGGUAACCAUUGUGAUAUAGGGGGUGGGGAGGAAAAGGAGGCCCUAGCGCACUUUGCCUUGGCCUGGAUGAUAACCAAGCUCCGGCGAUAUGUCGAUUUUGAUAUGAAAAGGCUCUGCUGGGCCCAGAUGAGCAGCACGAGCUGGAGGGUGGAAGGUAAGUACAUCAUACUAUAG